AGCUAAAGCCGACAUCGUCGAGAAAACUUUCGUGUCACAAAAACAAAAUUUUCUUCAUUGGAAUAUAUUCAUUAUAAAAAUAAUAACAGUAUGCCACUACCAUUAAUCGCACCGAAUGCAGUCGAACCGAUGCAGGUUGAUGCUCAACCUGAAGAUAAUGAGAACAAUGAAGAGGAUAUGUACAUAGUGGAAAACCCAUCCAUUGAUUUGGAGGUGUAUGCCAAUCAAUACACCGGGUUAGCCAAGCUGCACCGGUUGAUUUACAUUGCUGACCAUUGCUCUGCCCUGCGACUUGAGGCCCUGAAGAUGGCCAUCAACUAUGUGACCACUACGUACAAUGUAACGCUAUAUCAACAUCUGCACAAGAAGCUGGCAGACAUGUCCGGCGGUAGUACCCUUCCAGAUGUUGCUGCUCAAUCUAGCUCUCAGGACAUACCGAGCUUCGAUCAAGCAUGGGUAGAAACCAAGAGUAAAAAAUCAGCAUUAAAGUUGGAGAAGCUGGAUUGCGACCUUAAGAAUUACAGAGCGAAUUCAAUUAAGGAAAGCAUCCGCCGUGGUCAUGAUGAUCUUGGUGAUCACUACUUGAAUUGCGGAGAUUUGUCCAAUGCACUGAAAUGUUACUCGAGGGCUCGUGACUAUUGUACUAGUGGCAAGCAUGUGGUUAACAUGUGUCUGAACGUCAUUAAGGUUUCGAUCUAUCUACAGAACUGGUCACACGUUCUAAGCUACGUUGCCAAAGCAGAGAACACUACGGAAGUUGCGGAAAAUGCCAAGGACAAGGAGCCCAAUCAAGCGGUUAUCACGCGCUUGAAAUGUGCAGCAGGACUUGCAGAGCUGGCUACCAGGAAGUACAAGUCGGCUGCAAAGCAUUUCUUGCAGGCAAACUUUGACCUCUGUGAUUUUCCGGAGAUGAUUUCCACAAACAACGUCGCAAUGUACGGUGGACUCUGCGCACUGGCAGCUUUCGAUAGGCAGGAGCUUAAGAAUGUCAUCUCCAGCAGUUCUUUCAAACUGUUUCUUGAACUGGAGCCUCAGCUGCGAGACAUAAUUUUCAAAUUUUAUGAAUCUAAGUAUGCAUCUUGCCUGAAAUUGCUCGAUGAAAUCAAGGACAAUCUGCUGUUGGACAUGUACAUUGCACCACAUGUAAAUGCGCUCUACACUCAAAUUCGCAAUCGUGCGUUGGUACAGUACUUCAGUCCAUACAUGUCGGCCGAUAUGCGCAAAAUGGCUACUGCGUUCAAUCGUUCUGUGGCUGCGCUUGAGAAUGAACUGAUGCAGUUAAUCCUUGACGGACAGAUUCAAGCCCGGAUUGACUCCCAUAACAAGAUAUUAUACGCAAAAGAUGCCGACCAUAGGAGCGCAACCUUUGAGAAAGCCAUCAACGUAGGUAACGAGUUCCAGCGGCGCUCACGAAUGUUGGUUUUGAGAGCAGCCAUGGUCAAGCAUCAUAUUCAUGUUAAGAAUCAACCCCGCGAGAGCAAUCAUGCCACGGAAAUUCUGCCCGCUACGGGAUCGUCCUCCUCGACGUUGGUCCGCAACUGAUUAAAUCUGAAUGAGGAGUUUUUUUUUCGCUUUAAGAGGAAACCUAAAUAGGCGAUCGAUUGAGUCACACCAAGUCCUAAUACAAGAUCUUGAAAUCGUCCCCUGGCUGAUAGUUGAUCAGUAAUGCUACUAAGGAUACGAUUAACACUGAAUACGGCUUUCGAAUUUGGCAGAGCAAACAGGAAGAAAUCAUACACUACUCUAAUAUAAUUGAUAUGUUUUACCUAUUAUUAAAAUUUUCAAAUAAACAUACUUCAGGAUAAUAUAAAGAA